AUGCCUCCCACGCCAGCGCGAACGACAGCGCUGUUGAAACCGCCGAGAUACACCACUACCCGACAACUUCGCUGUCCCGAAUGCUUUAGGCCUCUUCCCAUAAGACAACUCCAUACCUCGUCAUCCCAACUACACCAUGCGUCACAGAAACGGCAGCAGUCCGCGGUGGCAGCGGCAGUCUCGAAGGCAAAGGAGAUGUUCUCCAAUGGCAACCCCCCUCCAGGGCCAAUGGGCAUCGACCCUCUCAGAAGCGUGGCGAAGGAGAUGAGCUUCAUGACUAGCAACAUACGGCAGUUACUGGGGUCGGGACAUCCGAUGCUGGAUACAGUGUCGAAGUACUACACUCAGUCCGAGGGGAAGUAUAUACGGCCGAUGCUGGUGCUGUUGAUGUCGCAAGCUACGCAGCUUUUACCGAAGAAGCAGAGGAAGUGGUCGCAGGAGCAAGGAGGGAUAGAUACGCCGAUGACUCCACCGGGAGUCUUGUCAGACACGAACCCUUCAUCGCCAUUGACAGCAACGAGCGAGGAUGGGCUUGGUGAUGCUUCGGUCUUGCCAUCGCAACGACGAUUAGCGGAGAUCACAGAGCUGAUACAUACCGCCUCGCUGCUACACGACGAUGUGAUCGAUACAUCGAUAUCGAGAAGAGGCAACCCAUCGGCGAACAUCUCCUUUGGGAACAAGAUGGCAGUGCUGGCAGGAGAUUUCCUGCUUGGAAGGGCAUCAGUUGCGCUGGCUCGGUUACGGGAUCCGGAGGUCACAGAACUCUUGGCGACAGUCAUUGCGAAUCUGGUGGAGGGCGAAUUCAUGCAGCUGAAGAACACGGCACUGGACGAGCGACAUCCGGAAUGGCAAGACGACACCAUCUCGUACUACUUGCAGAAGACUUAUCUCAAGUCGGCGAGUCUGAUCAGUAAGAGCUGUCGAGCAGCUGCGUUACUCGGUGAGCACCCUGCGGAGGUUGUGGAGGCGGCGUACCAGUAUGGCAAGAACCUCGGACUUGCAUUUCAGCUUGUGGAUGACAUGCUGGAUUACACUGUGAGUGGCUCUGAGCUCGGGAAGCCAGCUGGGGCAGAUCUAGAGCUGGGUCUGGCGACUGCACCUUUGCUCUUUGCGUGGCGGGAGAACAAGGAGCUGGGAACACUGGUGGGUCGCAAGUUUGCGGAGCCAGGCGAUGUGCAACGGGCGCGAGACCUAGUCGUUCAAAGCGACGGCAUCGAACAGACACGAGCACUAGCCCAAGAGUACGCCGACAACGCCGCCCGCGCAAUUUCAAGCUUCCCGGAGAGCGAGGCCAAAGUCGGCUUACUGGACAUGUGCACCAAGGUCAUGAAGCGAAGGAAGUGA